AUGGACGACGAUCAAAUUCGUUUACUUAUUGAAAAUAUUGAUGAUGGAAAUACCGAGUUUGACGAAAUCGAUGGCAGUGAUGAAGAAGGAGUUGAUGAGGUAGAAUAUAUAAGUCAUAAUAGUGAUUCUGAACAAUCUUUAGACGGUGAUUAUGAAGAUAAUGGCACCUAUUUAUUUUCUAAUUGGUCGAACGGACCGCAAUUUAUAGGGAAAGAUGGUAAAACUUUUUGGAAAUAUUGUCCUCCACCAAAAAAUAAUAGAAUAAGACGACAUAAUAUAGUUAGACAUAUACCUGGAGUAAAAGGGCUUGCUAAAAAUGCAAAUAGUGUUGAAGAAUCGUGGAAUUUAUUUUUUCCAGAUUCUAUUUUGGAACAAAUUGUUACAUACACAAAUAUUUAUCUUGACCGUAUAAGACCAAAGUUUGAUCGUUCACGUGAUGCAAGACUGACUAGUCUAACAGAAAUAAAAGCGCUAAUCGGUUUAUUAUAUUUAGCAGGUGUUCAUCAGUCUUCUCAUGUGAAUAUAAAGGACUUAUGGGCUAUGGACGGUACAGGUAUUGAAUAUUUUAGAUUAUCGAUGGGUAUGAAUCGCUUUUAUUUAUUACUUCGAGCAAUUCGUUUUGAUGAUAUAACAACACGUGCAAUGAGACAAUCUGUAGACAAUCUAGCACCAAUACGAUCAUUUUUUGAAGACUUUGUUAGAAGAUGUCAAGACUAUUAUGAAUUGAAUAAUUAUGUUACAAUUGAUGAAAUGUUAGAGUCUUUCCGAGGUCGUUGUCGUUUUAGACAAUAUAUUCCUAAUAAACCCGCAAAGUAUGGCCUCAAAAUAAUUGCAUUAGUAGAUUCAAAUACAUAUUAUUCAUAUAAUUUGGAAAUAUAUGCAGGGAAGCAGCCAAACGGGCCCUAUCACGUAAAUAACAGUGCUUGUAGUGUCGUGGAAAGAUUGAUUAGGCCAAUUUCUGGUUCAGGUCGAAAUAUUACGUGCGAUAAUUGGUUCAGCAGUAUUCCUCUCGCAGAAGACCUUCUCAAUAACCAUAAUUUGACCAUGGUUGGAACCACGGUUAUCUACACAGGUUGGCGCACGGCGUGUUAUCGAUGGUCGAUGCGGCGAACGCAGUGA